UGUCUACAGGUUUCAAUAAGGCGUGUGCGAUUGCAGUGAAAAGUUUUGUAGCAGUCUUGGCGGAGGUAAAGAUGUUAACUCUGAUGUUUACCAGCGUUUUAGCAGGACUACUGGCUCUGCUUCUCUGCCAAAGAAUGACUUAUCGCUUCUUCUGGGUGGAUUUGAUGUAUUACUUGAAACUUCGGAGGUACGGAAAGGCAUUGCAGUCUCGCAUGCAGCAAGGAAUCGUCACAUACCUCGACUGUUUUCUGUACCAGGCGAGGAAUAACCCGAAGAAACCCUUCAUCAUCUUCGAAAACCAGACUCUGACAUACCAGGAUGUGGACAGGAGAAGUAACCAGUUUGCGAACGCGCUCAGGACGGAGGGCUCUUUGAAACAAGGAGACAUUGUUGCACUGUUGAUGUUUAACGAACCAGACUUUAUUUGUGUGUGGCUGGGACUCUGUAAACUGGGAUGUGAAGUCGCUUUUCUUAACGUCAACAUCAAACCCAAAUCUCUGCUUCACUGCAUUCAGAGUUGUGGGGCCGGGACCCUUGUUGUUGGCGCAGAUUUCGUGUGUAUAGUGGAAGAAGUGCUGCCUGAUCUGAAGAGGGACAACAUGGCUAUGUGGGUGGUGGAUUACACAUCACCCUCCAAGGAUUUUAGCAGUUUAUUAGAUAAAUUGGAACACAUGUCUGGAGAAACCUUAAGUGACCUUCCUAAAGUUCACUUCAUGUCAAACUUUCUCUUCAUUUUUACUUCAGGCACCACAGGUGUCUCCAAGGCAGCCCGCGUUGGUCAUUUGAAAGCCAUUUUGAGUAUGGCCUUCUUUCAAAUGUGUGGAGCCACAUCUGAUGACAUCAUCUACAUCACACUUCCUCUUUACCACAUGUCUGCUUCCUUGUUAGGGAUUGGAGGAUGCAUAAACCUUGGUGCAACAUGUGUGUUAAAAAAGAAGUUUUCUGCCAGUCAGUUUUGGAAGGACUGUGUGAAACACAAUGUGACUGUGGUGCAGUACAUAGGAGAGCUCUGUCGAUACUUGGUUAACCAACCCAAGGUUCCAGAGGAGAGAGCUCACAGUGUUUGGUUGGCAGCAGGAAGUGGUCUCAGGUCAGAUGUUUGGAAGGAGUUUGUCAAACGCUUUUGUGGGAUCAAGAUCAGAGAGGGUUACGGCUUGACUGAGGCCAGCAUUGGCUUCCUCAACUACACAGAUGAGGUUGGACCGAUUGGGAGGGCAAGCUUUUUCAACAAGCUUUCUAUGCCCUUUGAGCUCCUGCGAUAUGAUCCACAAACUUAUGAGCCAGUCCGAACAAACUCUGGAAGAUGCAUGCAAGCAAAAGGAGAGGCAGGGAUCCUGGUAGCUCCUCUGUCAGCUAUGAACCAGUUCCUGGGUUAUGCUGGGAAUAAGGUCCAGUCUGAAAAGAAGCUGCUCAGAGAUGUUUUCAAAGCCGGGGACGUCUAUUUCAACACUGGAGACCUCUUGCUCCGUGAUCACGGGGACUUUCUUUACUUCCAUGACCGCAUUGGAGACACCUUCAGGUACUGUUACUGUUUAGAACUGUGCUAACGCAACAUUGCUAAGAAUCUUUUGUUUAAUUUGGUAAAUUUGUUUUUUGAAAGGGGGAUACAACAUUUUGUUGUGGUGUCACAUUGAAAAGAAACCCUUUACCAGUCUUAUCUAACAGAGAUCAGUCAACAUCCAACACGCUGUCUACACCAGAUAUGUUUCAGAAUCAACUCUGCUGACAGCAGAGCAUACGCCAUGAUAGUACUCAAGUCCACACAGUUUGUGACAGAGUGGUAACUAAUUGGUAUAGUUACAAUUAGGGCUAAAAUUAACCCUAACCCUCUGUAAGAAAUCUGAAUAGAAACAUCUUAUAGAAAAAAAACAGUUCUGGUUUGAAUGGACCUCUGUGCACUAACUCAGACCUCAUGAAGUCUGAUAAGACUGGGGGCCAAUCUGCUGGGUCAUGUGGUAGAGCAGCAA